AUGACCUCGUUAGCUCACCGAAGACGGAUAGGCGUCGAAGAGGGUGAAGAUGUGGCACAGCUCAAGCUCGGAAAGGAGUUCGAAAAGGCGUCGUGCCUGAUGAUCAAUGAAGUCAAGAUGCUCAUCGACAAUCAAGGAGAAGAUGCCAAGAGAGUCUCGAGAGAACCUGGUCAACUCAACGUGACGAAGAAGAUGUGGGAGUACGUCGAGCGGUUCAGUCCGGGCCUCGAACCUUCCGACAUUGCUCGACUCAGAUCGGCGCUGUUGCGCGAGUCCCUGGCAGAUUUCGAGGCAUGUAGUCUUGCCAAUCUACGCCCAAAGACAGUCGAGGAAGCGAAAGCAAUCCUACCGAGCAUACAACGGGAGGCAGUCCGUGACGGCGAGCCACCCGUCCAGCGGGAUGACGAUGGCAUACAAGCCAUACUCGACCUGCUCGAAGACGCAAGAGGGCCAGGCCGGGCCGGUCCACUCUUUGUCGCACUAGCAGCCAUCCUCAUCAGCAUCUGUGCAUUCACCUUUUUCGAAGUCGUCUUCCCUCGCAUCUUUUGGCAGCCCGAGCAUUCUGCUCUGAGAAGCAGCUUUGGCAUUUUCUGGUGCUGUUACAUCGUUUACGCUUUCUGCUUUCACUAUUGGAUGGCCAUCAAGUCUCCGCCCGGUCAGCCCAGCGAUUUCCACCUCUCCGCCCCGGACAUUGCACGACAUCCGCGCUACAAGCUCAUCAAUGCGCUCGCGGGCCUGCCGCGAGGCUCAGGUCGCCCGAAAAGCGAGGAUACGCCAGCAUCAAUGAACGGCAGAACCUGCAAGAAAUGUCCUCGCGUGGACGGCAAAGAGCCUGCAAAGCCAGAGCGAACGCAUCACUGCUCGAUCUGUCGCAAGUGCUUCCUCAAGUACGAUCACCACUGCCCCUGGCUCAACUCUUGUGUCGCGCACGGCAACGAGCGCUAUUUCGUGCUCUUCAUGGUCUAUCUCUCCAUCGCUUGCAUCUGCGUCGUCUCGUGGGGUCUGCCGUCUCUUCUUGCGACGCUUGAUCAUAGCAAGCGGUGGCCAUACCGAUCACCGCGCGUAGCGACUGUGCUCCUCUGGGUGCUCUGCGCCGCUAUUGGCGCCGCUUUGAUCGUCAUGAGCCUAUGGCAGCUUUGGCUCGUCAUGCGCGGCGAGACGAGCGUCGAAGCUUCAGACAACGAAUGGUACCAUCAGCGUGCCAAAGAGACGGGCACAAUUUAUUACAAUGUUUACGAUCUCGGCAGGGUACAUAAUCUACAAGAGUUCUUCAACGUACCGUCCAGUCAGGGACGAUACCCUUACUGGACUGUCUUGCUACCGAUCGCUGUCCCACCAGCGACUGAUGGACGCAAUUUCAAGAAGCGGGCAGGCUGGCGAGAUAUCACCGUCGACGAAGAACUCACGGACGAAGAGCUAUCUGACCAUGCAUAG